CAGGAUGUGGUUGGAAGUGAAGAUAAAUAGAUGGCAAUCAUAUUGUGUAGUUCGAACUCUGCAGUAAAAAGGUUCCACUUGACAGCGGGCUGAUCAUCCUGUCGCCACGAUGCGUGGGCUCUACAAGCUUCUGCUUCUUUUUCUUCUGGCAUGCCAAGAUCAAAACGUACUUGGAAGUACAAUCAUAAAUGGGACAAAUGCCACAGAUAAUUCGAUGAAGUAUAUGGUAUCGGUGCAGGAAGACGGUGAACACAAAUGUGGAGGAUUCCUUGUCAGCAAACAUUUUGUUGUCACCCAUGGGGGGUGUAAAUUUGAUGAAGACGGAAAAAUAUUUGUUGUUCUCGGCACCCACGUUCUCAGCAAACCUGGCUCUAAAAUAAAAGAACACAUUAUAUCCACAUGCAAACCCCCACCUGGAAUUGGGACUGACUUCAUGCUCAUUGAAAUAAAUUCAAAAAAACCAGAAAAUCUACCAAAAGAAAUUCAACUUCAAGACCCUGAAACGGAUGUUAAAGAAAAUGAAAAGUGCCAAGUAGCUGGAUGGGGUCCAGUGAAGAACGAUGACAAUGAUCCUCUCGAUCAGCUCCGUGUGGCGGAUGUGACUGUCAUCAGCCCGAAGGCUUGCAAAGUGCAGAUUCCUGGACUUCGUGCCAAUGCUAUCUGUACAGGUGGAAAACAGACAACAGACAAGGGAGGAUUUUGUAAGAGUGAUGCUGGUGGACCCCUCGUGUGCAAGGGGAAAGCUGUUGGAAUUGCGACUGUCAACGAGGACUGUUCCUUCACAGGUUUACCCAACGUCUACAUUGAUAUCUCAAAAUACCGUUCCUGGAUCAACCGCUGUAUUCAAGAGAAGAAAUGUUUGAAAUGAUAGUAACAAUAUUUCAAAAAGCUUUGCUUCAGCACACUUGUAUUGUAUUUGGUAGAAAAGGAUGUGUCUUAGUCACUGAGUGUUUGCUCUUUAAUGCAAUGGCAACAUUAAAAAUGUUUCUCAAAUAUCGUUUUC